AUCUCCUUUUCUAAUACCAGAACCCAACCUCCUUAACUCUCUCUCUCUCUCUCUCUCUCUCUCUCUGAUGGAGAGCUACCCAACAUAUUUUAGCUGUUCAUCUGCAACACCGGCAGCUUCUUCUUCCUUGUCACUGAACAUGGCAAAUUCUCAUGCUUACAAUGAAUUCCAAGGUAGCAAGUCGAAUGGAUUCUUGGGAUCACUGAUGUCGGAGAUGGAUGUUCCAGUUUCAAACAUAAAUGAUAAUAAUCCUCAGAGCAGAAACUGUGUGGGGUCUGGAACUGAUCCUCAUGCGAAGUUGGGGAAGAAAAAGGGAGAGAAGAAGGUGAGAAAGCCAAGAUAUGCGUUUCAAACAAGGAGCCAGGUCGAUAUACUGGACGAUGGAUAUAGGUGGAGGAAAUAUGGGCAAAAGGCAGUGAAGAACAACAAAUAUCCAAGAAGCUACUACCGGUGUACACACCAAGGCUGUAACGUCAAGAAGCAAGUUCAGAGACUAACUAAAGACGAAGGGAUCGUCGUUACAACUUAUGAAGGCAUGCAUUCACAUCCGAUAGAGAGGUCUACGGAUAACUUUGAGCACAUCUUGAGCCAGAUGCAAAUUUACACGACCUUUUAAAGGAAGUAUCGGAAACUUGCAUGCAAAUUAUGAUCAUGAUCAAUCAGAGAUCAUCAACUCGAGAUGAAUACUUUUGUAAAUUCUGCAUGUGUUUUUAAAUAAUUCCCCAGAAUAAAAGCAAAGCCGUCAGGAUUACAUAGGUCUGUACUGACCAAAAACAUGCAGUUUCGUUUUAAAUGAAACUUAUCCUGAUGAAA